AUGUUAACUCGCAAGAACACCACUGCCAGCAGCAAUGAUGCCAUCAGCUAUGCGCGAGAUUUUAGUUUUCAGGCCAAUUAUUAUAAGAAUAACAAGAGCGAUGAAGCACUAGUGCUCUUAAAUCGCAGUGCUUCGUUAUUAAGUACGGCUAUACAACCGCAGUACUUUGCGCCCAAAAAUUUAGAAAUAUCAAAGUUCUUCAUCGAUUUGCAUACGGUGAUGAGUACACUGUCUAAUGAUUCGGAUGCCUUGUGGUCUUGCAUCGCUGUACUGCAACACUGCUCUCGCAAUUUAGAAGCUCAUAAAGCUAUUGUCGAAGAAUACAGAUUCCUGCCAUUACUCACUUUCAUAUUGAAGGGUACGCAGACCAGUGAUAAACUACAACGUGUAUUAAUACUAAUACAAGAGUUGACGUUUGGCAUUCGGAUUACGUGGGAGGAACCUUAUCUCGUUGUACUAUUGGGGCAGUUAGUACAGAUUGUUUAUCACACGUCGGAGAAAGGUGAAGACGUUCAAGCCCAGCUGGCGCUGUCAAUUUUGAUAAAUAUAUGCUACAAAAAUUUUGUGGUGUUGUUCUUGUUUUUAAGAUCAGUAAAUAUAUCCAACUUCAGUAAAUGCAUAAAAAAUUAUGGCAUGUUGGCCAGUAAAAUGUGCAUUAUUCUUUCCGAUGAUAUAUGUGUACCGGAUCAAAAUGAAUUGCAUUUAUUUUUACGAUCCAGUUUUAAGACCAUCGGCGAAUGCGUUAAAAGCUGGAACGUGCCGCAUUUAAGACACGUAGUUGAAUUUUUGAGGGAUUCUAGAGCUCACAGUGGCUUGGAACAAGCUAUGCUUAGUUAUAAAAAUUAUUGUGAAGACAUUGAAAAGCUAUUGGACCUAUUAGAAGCGCGCAAUGCAGUCGUCGAUGAUGGCAUGAAUGAGGAUCAACGUAAACAGCAGCAAAUUUGCAUGGGUUUACUAUUUCAGCUCAUUGCAUAUAUUAUGGAAUUGUCUACAUUGCCAGAUACUGGAGGUGAUGAGAAUUCGAUUAUUAGCUUAGACUCGAAUAUACCACGCAUUUUUGAGUUCUUAAGCACUUGGCUAGAAUCGGACAUAUGCGGAGUGAACGCCAUUAAUCUACUAGACACCUUAGUAAGAUUAGCUAAAAGAGAAUUAAUAGCUCCACGUAUAGCGCGAGAUCCUUCACUGAUUAUACAGCUAAUAACAGCAUCUGAAAAGCCUGAAGCUUCUCCUCUCCAAACCGCAGCAGUAUUAAAACUUUUAAUAUCGCUUCUACAUCAUCCAAAAACGGAGAAAUUAAUCCUGACUAAAAUUACGGAAUCAUAUUUUGAUAAAAUUCUAUCAUCAUUACUGUCGGUAAAACUGAAAAUGCCUGACAAUUCCUUAAGUAUGGCUGAAGUAGAAAAGUCUAUACUUUGCUUAUUGCUAUUAAUCAAUUUUGCUGAAAUCGCUAAAAAGGCUUAUUUCGAAAAAUGUUGUACUCUGCUGCAAUUGCCGCAAGUGCAAAAUGCUUUGGCUCGUGCGUUAAUCAACGGCAACGAAAAUGUAUCCACAGCGGUUUUCCACAUUUCCCAAUUCGAACAUUUUCCACAAGUUGAAGUGGCCAAGCACUUAUCCAGGUUAAAUAGUUCAUUAGCAUCCUCUAAAGCGCCCUCUUUGCCCUCAGAUGAACAAUGGUGCAAUUUGAAUGCUGUAUUAAAGAGUCAAAAAGCUUUUGUAAGCAAAGAAUUUGAAGAACGGCUGCAAGCUCUGAUUGAAACUAUAACUCAGGCGCAACGCAAUAAUCAGCUAAAUAAUCUGACUACGUCGCAAAUUAUCGAACUUUUCAACUAUAAAAUUGAAAAAUUGUCAACCUCUGAAGAAAACAUGCAAAAGAGACUCGAACAGGCUAGCGAAGAGAUUAGUCAUUUAAAGCAACGGCUUAAUUUGCAAAAUGCUGAAUUGGAGAGGUAUCACACCAUGAAUUUUGAAUUGCAUAUUAAGCGAGAAUCAUUGCAAACCCAAUGCCAAGAUCUGAAGCAACAACAAGAUACUUUGAAACGUAACAUGAAUAACCUAAUGAAAAAAUUAUCGGAGCAAUCGGAAAAUUUACAAAUUGCCGAAAAACGUUUAGCCGUUAAAAUAUCAGAUAUGAUUGUUUUACAAAAGAAUUACAGCGAACUCAAGGAUCAAUUGCAAGCCAAAACCGAAGAAUUGGAUAAAUUGCAAACAGCAGCCAAGGAAAAUGUAAUACGUAUCGAUAAGCUGAAAAAAACGGUUGCCGCUUAUGAAACAGAUAUCAAAGAGAAAGCGCGUCAUAUCGAUGAGAAAGAACGUGAAUUGGCCAAAACUCAAAAAGCUUUGGAGGAGCAAAGAGAAGCCAGAAAGAAGUCGGACGAUGUUGUUACUGUGCUUGAAUCUCAAUUACAAGCCAAGAAUGAAGAAAUUCGUAACUAUGAAAUGGAGCUAAGCGAAACGGAAGAGCUACGCAAAACUAUAAUGAGUUUAAUGGAGAGUAAAAGACCGAAACGCAAGACGUAAAUGUAAAAAAAAUUUUUAUAUUUUCAUAUUUUUUUUUAAAGUUUUCAAUAGAUAUUAGUG